GACGAUGACAUGGAGAGUUAUUGAAUUGUUUUGUUGACACGAAAGUGCAAGUACGGAGGAUAUGCAGAAAAUAGCGCAAAGGGUGCGGUUCUUGAAUCCAAACUUGUUGCAAUCGCAACUUACUUCUAUCGAUACAACAACUCGCAGUGUUCAAUCUCGGGAAAUUACAAGCACAAGAGAACUUAGGAAUGCAUUUGACAAAUACAAAAUAAAUGUUUUGUCUCGAUACCUGAACUGGACUUCGGGGGCAAAUGAUAAUCAUCAUGCUGCCAGCUAUGUGGUAAACCGUCAUUUUAGAGCUGAUAACAAUGGUAUAUGCACGAAGGAGUUCUCAAGCAAGCUUCGUAAAAAUAUUCCAGACUUUGUAAAGAUAGUGGAGGUUGGUGCAAGGGAUGGAUUGCAAAAUGAGAAGGCUAUUGUUCCCACUGAUGUGAAAAUCGAAUUGAUAAAACUGCUAGUUUCUUCUGGGUUAUCUGUUGUUGAGGCGACAAGUUUUGUCUCACCAAAAUGGGUGCCACAGUUGGCAGAUGCAAAGGAUGUACUGGCAGCAGUUCGAGAUGUUGAAGGUGCUAGCUUUCCUGUCUUAACUCCAAAUCUCAAAGGUUUUGAGGCAGCUGUUGCUGCUGGAGCUAAAGAAGUGGCUGUUUUUCCUGCUGCUUCUGAAUCAUUCUCUAAAGCAAAUCUCAAUUGUGGCAUUGAGGACAACCUUGCUCGUUGCCGCGAUAUUGCUUCUGCUUCUAGAAGCCUCACGAUCCCAGUUCGUGGAUACAUAUCAUGUGUUGUGGGAUGUCCUCUGGAAGGAAGAAUUGCUCCAGUAAAAGUAGCAUACGUUGCAAAAUCACUUUAUGAGAUGGGGAUCUCGGAGAUUUCAUUAGGGGAUACAAUUGGUGUCGGUACACCUGGUACCGUCAUUCCUAUGCUUGAAGCUGUUCUUGAUGUCGUUCCAAUUGAUAAGCUUGCUGUCCACUUUCAUGAUACUUAUGGUCAAGCACUUUCAAAUAUUCUAAUUUCACUACAGAUGGGGAUCAGUACAGUGGAUUCAUCUGUCUCUGGUCUUGGAGGUUGUCCAUAUGCCAAGGGUGCAACUGGGAAUGUUGCCACUGAGGAUGUUGUUUAUAUGCUGAAUGGACUUGGAGUUAAAACUAAUGUGGACCUUGGAAAACUUAUGCAUGCUGGGGAUUUCAUCUGCAAACAUUUAGGACGUCCUACUGGUUCAAAAGCUGCAACUGCAUUGAAUAAAGUUACUACAUGUAAUGCUUCCAAACUGUGAGUUACCAAAGCUAGAUCAUGUAUUCAAAUGAAAGAUAGAUUGUUUACCUACUGAGUGUUACUGUUGUUCAUAAGAUGUCAUGACUUCUUACUUCUUUAGAGUAAAUGUAUGUUGGUGGUUCCUCUCUGGUGGGUCCUUUCUGCAAAAACAACACACUGAAAAAGAUAGAGCCAGAAAACACAAAGUGUAAUGUUGUUCAUUUCUACUUGUUUUUCGAGUCUAUUGAGUUGCUUCCAUUAUGUGUUGAACAUGUAAUCAGGAUUGAAAUUAUGAAAAUGCAUAGCACGUCCAAGUUCAA